AUGCUCUCACGUGCUGUUACAGUGAAGGCACCCCACACACACAACCGUCGCCGCGUGACCGGAUCCAGCGGAAGGAGGAGGGAAGGAAGAGAGAGUGAGCGGCAGAGGUCCAACAUGUCCCGGCGUGUGUUUACCUCUGCGGUGCUGCUCCUAUUUGUCGUGUUGAUGUGCUGCAGUGGAGCUGCGACCGCUCAGGUGGAAAAUAAUGCUGAUGCUUCAACUCCUGGGUCGGCAUUGACGAGUGCCAUUACUGCAGAGGGGAGUGCUUCAGGGGGUGUUGAGGGGCUGCAACAGGUCGAUCUAUUUGUGCCGCAGACGACGCAGGUGCUGCCGAAGAAGGGGACUGGCUCAAGUGGGAGGGAUUCAUUUGUUUCACCCUCUCUCGUCAGUGCUGGUGGAGUAAUUGCUGCUUUUGCCGAGGGUCACAUAAAUGCCAAAAACUCCCCUACCGAAUCAACUAAGCCGUUUUCUGAUGUUGUUGCGGAGUACAUCGACUCUGCGUGGGAUUGGUCCACUCUUGUUGGUGAGGUCGGUAACGAAACAUGGAGGGCACACACUGUGCUUGGUAAAGCGGAGGGAAAGGAGAAUUUGGAUGUUGUGCUCCGCCCCACAACCACCACGAAGGGCAAUAAGGUGUUUCUUCUUGCGGGAGGCACUGCCUUGUCCGAUGUAAAUGGGGAUUGGAGAGAGGGCAGAUUCGAACUAAAACUGGUUGUUGGUGAGGUCACGAAGCCUUCUGCGGGCGGCGAGCCGAGUGAGUGGAUAAAAUGGGGCGACCCAAAACCACUCCCGAAACCGAUCUCUUCUGCUUCUCACAAAGGUGAAUGGAGGGAGUUCAUUGCUUCUGGUGGCGCAGGUGUUCUGAUGGAGGAUGGCACUAUUGUGUUUUCUCUGAUGGCGAUGAAUGAAGAAAAUUUUUUUGACGUUUACUCCAUGAUCAUUUACUCGAAGGACAACGGCAGUACCUGGAUGUUCCCAGAGGGCACUUCUUAUCCGAAAUGCGAGACACCCCGCAUCACCGAGUGGGAGGGAUCACUUCUCAUGAUUGUUGAUUGCGAGAAUGGUCAGAGGGUGUACGAGUCGCGUGACAUGGGUACAACGUGGACGGAGGCCAUCGGGACACUCCCAGGCGUGUGGGUCAACGCACGAUCAGGAGUCCCUCAGAAGGAAAGCCUGCAUGUGGAUGCCCUUAUCACCGCGACCAUUGAGGGAAGGAAGGUCAUGCUGUACACACAGAGAGGGUACGCCUCGAGGGAGAAAAGGGCCACUUUGCUCUACCU